UACCGUAAUAACACAAGUUAACUUUUAAUAAAGUUUGUUAUACGUUUGAUAAGGCAAUAGGCCUAAAAUGAACGCAAAUUAACAAUUUAUGAGUACUGGAGGUCACACAACCAGUUUGUGUUGCGCACGACUGUCAACUGAGUCGCCUGUAUUAGCCCAGUUAUCUUCAAAUCACAAACGUAGUGUUAAGUAAUGUCGCUCAGUAAGAACAUUGGGAAGUUGAGCCAGGUUUUCCUGCAGGUAAGAAACGCACGACACUUCAGCAGCCAGCCGAAUUUCCCCGGUGCACGCACAUCAUGGACCGAAAAACUCGAAUUCCUCAGACCAGAUCAACCCACACCGAUACCAGUCUACCGAGUAAUGGACCGCCUGGGUAAUGUAAUCAUACCCAGUGAAGAUCCCAACUUAAAACCAGAAAUCCUCAUUAAAAUGUACAAAGACAUGACAUUACUAAACGUAAUGGAUAAAAUCCUGUAUGAAUCCCAGCGUCAGGGCCGCAUCUCUUUCUACAUGACGAAUUAUGGUGAAGAAGGCAGUCAUAUUGGUAGUGCUGCUGCUUUGGAAGACAACGACCUCGUCUACGGGCAGUAUCGUGAAGCAGGCGUCCUGGUAUGGCGCGGAUUUAGUCUCAAACAGUUCAUGAGUCAAUGUUAUGGUAAUAUUGAUGAUGUAGGAAAAGGACGUCAAAUGCCCGUGCACUAUGGAAGCAAAGAUUUAAACUUUGUAACAAUUUCAAGCCCACUGAGCACACAAAUGCCACAGGCUGUUGGGGCUGCAUACGCACUUAAAGGAAAAAAUCGUGCUGUUAUUUGUUAUUUUGGUGAAGGCGCUGCCUCAGAAGGAGAUGCGCACGCAGCUUUUAACUUCGCAGCGACAAUGGAAUGUCCUGUGUUGAUGUUCUGCCGAAAUAACGGCUUUGCUAUUAGUACACCAACGAAAGAUCAGUACCGUGGUGAUGGUAUUGCAGCCAGAGGAGCCGGGUAUGGUAUGACAACUGUCCGGGUUGAUGGAAACGAUGUUUUUGCUGUUUAUAAUGUCACGAAACGCGCGAGGGAAUUUGCUGUGAAAGAAAACAAGCCUGUUUUGAUUGAGGCGCUCACAUAUCGUGUUGGACAUCAUUCUACUUCAGAUGACAGUACAGCAUACCGCCCCAAAGAGGAGGCUGAGCACUGGACC